UUGGGCCGGAAGGGACCUUAAGAGAUGGUUUUGUCCCUCCCAGCAGCCCGAGCCCCCCCGCUCCAUCUGGCUGUGAACAGUUCCGGAGCUGGGGCAGCCGCAGCUUCUCUGGGCAGCCUGUGCCCGUGUGUCCUGCGUUUACUUUGGUUUAUUCUCAAGUUACAAGCUCUCCUUUUAAAGCGAGGCUGCUGGCUGAAGUGCUGCAGCACCUGCAGCUCCUAGUGCACGCUGCAGAAAGUGCAGGAUCUCGCAUCCAUGUGGAUAAAUAGCUGCAGGGAGCGGCUGCGAGGACGGAGCCGGGCUCUGCUCAGUGGGGGAGAGGCACAAGCUGCACCGUGGGCAUUUCCACCUCAGCACGAGGAAGAACUUUCCUGUGGCUGCUCAGACAGUGGGAGUCUCCUUACCUGGAGAUACUCACAGUCCAUCUGGACACAAUCCUGGGUGCUCUGAGGAGCCUGAGCAGAGGGGUUGGACUUGCUGGUCCCCAGUGCUCCCUUUCUACCCAUUCUGUGAGGUUAAUACCAACUAGGCUGAACAAACAGGGAUUUUUGUCAUAUUUUGAGACUUUCCCAUCCAGGGUUGCCUUUGGGAUUUGAAGCUCAGAAACUGAGAGGACUUUGCACUGUUGUUCAUAAUCCAUUCCACGUCUGAAUUCCUGGGUGCCUGGAAGAUAGCACAGCUCUCACUAUCAGGGAGUGUUUUCCUUGCAAGCAGCUAUUCUUAGCAGAGAUUUAUUAUCAUUUUAUUGUCAAAUGUUUUCCCAAGGGCUCCGGGAUUGGUUAGAAGAGUUUGACUAAUUCUGUGUUGGAUUUCCAGGAGAGAGCAGUGUGCCAGAGGGGUUGGCUCCCUCUGUCCCAGAUGUGAGUUCAUCGCGUUUCUGUCUCCCUUGUUGCUCAUCAUCCUGGCAAGGCUGUUCAUGGGUGCCGACCGCGAGGACUCGAGGGAAGCCUGCCUUGCUGCCAGCCUUGCUCUUGCCCUGAACGGGGUUUUUACAAAUGCCCUGAAGCUCAUUGUGGGGAGACCACGGCCUGACUUCUUCUACCGCUGCUUCCCCGACGGUCGAGCCAACGCCGAGCUGCUGUGCGCGGGGGACAGCCACAGAGUGACAGAGGGCCGCAAGAGCUUCCCCAGCGGACACGCGUCCUUUGCCUUUGCUGGCCUUGCCUUCUCCGCCUUCUACCUGGCGGGGAAGCUGCACAGCUUCGUUCCGGGCCGGGGGGGCCGGGCCCUGCGCUUCUGUGCCUUCCUCCUCCCCCUCUUCCUGGCCACCCUCAUCGCCGUGUCCCGCACCUGUGACUACAAGCACCACUGGGAAGAUGUGUUGGUUGGCUCAGUGAUGGGCUUGGUGCUCGCAUACCUGUGCUACAGGCAGUACUACCCUCCCCUGACCGACGCCACGUGCCACAAACCAUCUCUGGCCAAGCCCAAAACGCUGCCAGCACAUGAGGAGAAGCCUCCAGCUCCCAACUUCCCCAUGAACAUCUAGUGAUGGGCUGUGUCCUGCAGGCUCCCUGGAUGCCAGGGCAGGGCAAGGCUUGGGGCAGGCUCUGGUGAGGAUGAACCCCUGGGCAGGUGUUCCCUGCCGAGCCGGUGAGUUUCCUGCCCUGGCCCUCGUGUUUCAUUUCACUGAGUUUUGUAGGCCACCCCCUCUUGAGGCUCGCUGUGGAGCGAGGGAGGCACUCAGGGUGCCAACCUGCAGGGCUCUGAAGGUCCUGAACAGGAACUGGGAAAACGUGACAACCCAGUGCGCCCAGUCUGGUGUUCUGGAGUUCUUGUGUACAGUCCAGGAAGCACCACUGGUCACCUCCCUGCAAUCCAGCCACCAUGUCCCAGCCCUUCUCCUGGGAAAUCAAAUGCAGGACACGAGUUUUUCUAAUUUCCCAAAUAAAGGAGUUUCAUUUUUGUAA